AUGGCAAGGCAGGGCGUCCGCUCGUUCGCCCUCCUUGAUCGUAACCCUGUCACAAACACGAUCAGCGAGCUCAAGAAGAUCGCACCAGACAUCUCGGUCAAGGAGUUCGAGCUUGAUGUGACCAACGAGAGAGCCAUCGAUGACAGCAUAGAGAAGACAGUCAAAGAGUUCGGCCGCCUCGACUAUGCAGUCAACAAUGCUGGCAUCGGUGGCGUCAUCAAAACUUCCGACCAAAUCCCCAAGGACGACUUCGAAAAGGUUCUUGCCGUCAACACAACUGCCGUGUGGCAAUGCCAGCGCGCUCAAAUCCGCCAAAUGCUCAAGCAAGAGAAAAUCACCGACUCUUAUCGGUCAUACCGCGGAUCUAUUGUCAACGUGGCCUCCAUGUAUGGCCUUGUGGCACCUCCAUCCAAUGUUCCGGCUACCGCAUAUGCGACUAGCAAACAUGCUGUGAUCGGUCUCACCAAGUCAGACGCUUUGGCCUUUGCUCACAAGGGCAUCAGGAUCAAUGCCAUUGCACCAGGAUAUGUCAUGACUCCGCUCGUGCAGCAGACUAUGGGUCAAGGCGACAUGAUGGAGACGGAGCGGAAGAAGGUGCCUGUCCACAGAUACUCAGAGAUGGAAGAGAUCGGCGAUUGCGUUGCCUUCCUACAUACAGACGCAGCGAGUUACAUGGUCGGUGCAACCCUUGUCGCUGAUGGAGGGUAUACGAUAGUCUAG